AUGGCUUCAGAUGAUGCCAAACACCAAGAGGACAUCAUAUUCGCCCUUACGUCAUACCAUAGAGAAGACUAUGACAGACCCAUCAUCACCACACCACCCGGGAUCCAUGCGCUCGUCCAACCCUUCAUCACAGAUGCCUUCACGACCGAUCCCACCACAACUCUUGGCUGUCUGCAAGUCCUCCCGGUCGAAAUCAUAGUUGAGGUGUGCCGCGCCAUGGAUAUCAUCGCACUCUUCCGCUUCCGCCAGGCCAACCGCCGGGCGCGCCAGAUUGUAUCAGGAAUCAAGGCUUACCGAGACACCACUACACACGCCCUCGAGAGCUUCAGGGCAAUCAUGCGCCUCGACAUCACUGCCUUCACCAUAGUUGACCUUGACGGGGUCCUGCACGGCCCGCCAAAGUGCGCCACCUGCGACCGGUUCGGCUACCUCCUCUUCCUCCCCUCGAUGCAGCGCUGCUGCUCCACCUGCCUUGAGUGUUGCAGGAAACAGAGCUAUUCCAUCGCCCCGGCCACCACCGUGGCGAAGCUGAUCGGCAUACGGCACCGCAGGCUUAGAAGGGUCGUCGCCUCCACUCGGUCGCUGACGGGGCCGUUCCUGCACGGAGAGUACCGUGGCAACAAGCGCUACAACCUCGUGACCCAGGAUGACGUUGCGCGGGAGUUCCCUGACGUCGAGCCAAAGUCCGCGUUUUUCCCUGGUCCUGUAUCCAAGGCCUUCGAGGCGCAGUGGGGCAAAUUCGUUCGUUACAGAUACAUGGUCACAACUUUUAUUCAUCAUGUGGACCGCGGUUCGGGCAUCAUCGAGCAGCGUUACAGCUGUGACGGCUGCAGGAAGUUCGCAGAGAAGGGGCGCCACUACAUCUACACACCCAGGAAUGAUGCGACAGCCUGUUUCUCAAGGGGGGAGUUCUUGGAGCAUUUUCGCACGUGUCGUUUUGCCCAUAGGCUCUGGAAGGGAUGCUGAAGAAUCAUUGCUAUGGUUGUUCUG